AUGAGUCUUAAACAGGCUCUGCUCACUCGGUUGUCAAUGCUCUUCCUCUGUGUGGGUGAGGGUUGCACUGACAACGAUACCAACGCUCUCCACCACACCCACAUCGCCCUGGCCUUCCUGACCGCAUUCCUCUUCGCCACACACCUACCAGAGCGCCUGGCCCCUGGCAGCUUCGACUACAUAGGUCACAGCCACCAACUGUUCCACGUGUUCGGCAUAAUCGGCACUCAUUUCCAGAUGGAGGCCAUUGAGCAGGACAUGGUGACGCGACGGCCGUGGCUCCUCACGUUCUCUCUGCCCAUCACCUUCACCAACACACUGGGGGCGGCACUGCUGAGUGUAACCCUCAGCCUUGGCAUCAUCUUCCUCUUUAGUCUGCCUCUGCUCUGGUCAGCCACCCGGGGAGAACACACUGAGAAGACACAAUCACAUCCAAUAGCCAAGGGCUGCCAGUACCACUAG